AUGAUAUUGUCAAGGGCGGGUAAGGAAGUUCUAAUUAAAAGUGUGGCCCAAGCUCUACCAACAUACUCUAUGAGCAUUUAUUGCUUGCCUAUCUCCUAUUCUGAGCGCAUUGAGAGGGUGAUGAAUAAGUUCUGGUGGGAGUCUAGUGGCAAUGGAAAUGGAGGUAUAAGGUGGAUGGCGUGGAACAAAAUGUGUGAUCCAGAGGUACAUGGCGGCAUGGGUUUUAAAUGCUUACAGAAGUUUAAUGUAGCAUUGCUUGCUAAACAAGGAUGGAGAUUAUUGACAAACCCUAUGUCUUUGGCAGCCCAGCUUUAUAAAGCUCGGUACUAUUCGCAUGGGGAAUUUUUGGAUGCAAAGAUUAGUGCUAAUCCUUCUUUAUAUUGGAGGUCUAUCUUGGUUGGACAAGAUGUUUUACAACAGGGAUGUUACAAAAGGAUUGGCAAUGGUCAUUCCACAAAGGUUUGGAAUCAGCCUUGGCUUCCGAACAUAGUAGAUCCAUGUGCAGUCUCCUAUGCUCAAUAA